UCUCUCUCCCCUAAUUCCUCCAUAUCAAUGGCUCUCCGCCGGUCAUUUUCCAAUGCCUUUCUUCCUUCUACUUCUACUUCUACUUCUACUUCUACUUCUUCUUCCCCUUUCCAUUCUAUCUUCCGCCGCCACUACCUCUCUCCUCCCGCCGAUUCUGCCGGCAAGUCUGUUUUCCGACGCUUCCUUCAGCGGAGAGCCAUCUUUCAUUCACCUUCCGCCUCUCGGAUUCCGGAGCUUUUGUGCAUUCCUGUUGGCGAUAAGCUUCGAGAAAAGCUCCGAGGUACCAACAUUCGUCUUGAGGGCCUUAUUCACCCGGCGUCCGAACGCUCUGUUUCUGGAUGUGGUGGAAUUUCGAUCGAGGAUGCUAGGAAGAUCAUAAGGGUAUCGCAGGUUGAGAAGCUUAAGACGAAAUUGAGAAAUGUUGGGAAGAGUUGCAUCUCUUACUCGGAGUUUACUCGGAUCUGUGUUGAAGAUUGUGGGAAUAAUGAGGAACAGGGUGCGGAAUUUGCUAAGUUGAUGGAUGAAUCUGGAAGCGUUAUUGUUCUUGGGAAUAUUGUGUUUCUUCGUCCGGAUCAGAUAGAAAAAAAAUAUGUGACAGGUGGCAAAAUCAAUGGAGAGAAUGAUAAGUGGAUCAAUAGCAACACCGAACGACCCAAGACUGAAACAGCUAGAAGAGAUGGAGAAACAAAAAGCAUUAAUUGACAAAAAGGCCAAGGCCCAAGUACAAGCGGAGCUAAUAUGCGGAUUGGGCCUCAUAUUGGGGCAAACAUUGGGCUUCAUGAGGCUAACAUUUUGGGAGUUAAGUUGGGACGUAAUGGAGCCCAUUUGCUUCUUCGUAACAUCCCUUCACUUUGCACUUGGCUAUGCCUUCUUCCUCACAACUUCCACAGAACCCACAUUUGAAGGAUUCUUCCGACGUCGUUUCAAAGCCAAGCAAAACAAACUCAUGGCUUCUCUUAACUUUGAUAUCAAUCAUUACAAUGAACUUAGAACAAUUUGCUAUCCAUACCAUACACAAGCUUUACCACAUCAAGAAGGACCCUUCAUUUCUUCCCCUCAUACUUUAUCAUAAUACUUUAUUUAUUUUUAAAUAGUUUCCAAUUUUUUCACUUUUAUUGUGAAAAUUUGGGGGUUUAGGAUUUCUUUUUCUUCUUUUCUUCGGCUCUUGUAGUUUAAAACGGAUUUGGACUUAAUACAACCAACUAUAUGAAUUGUUUAUGAAAA